UAGUCAUUUGCUCUCGAUGUUGUAUUUAUUCUGCGUAGAAUCAGGGCCAUAUCUGCUGUAAUAUCUAAAUGACGAACUGAAUAAGUUACUGAAGAUGAACUUCAAUUUCUGAUCACACGUGUACAGUGUACACUGCCCAAGUUCUGCCCAGACAGCGCAAGCGCAUGGGCGCCUACAUUAUAUCAUUCUUUCCAUCCUCCCUGAAGUGGGAGCUGCUUUUGGUUGCAGGACACCUUAGUUCUGCCAGUCAAGAUAUGUCUGCGAGUAGUUCAGGACAGGCGGUUUCAAAAGCGAGGGAAUAUGUUACGACGAAUAUCCCGCCAUCCUAUGCCUCCGACCCGAAAUUCAAGAAGUACACCCAACAGGUCGACAAGUGCUUAAAUUCAUUUGACAAUGUUCAGGAAUGGGCAGACUUCAUAUCGUUCCUGAAGCAACUACUGAAGACCUUCCAAGCCUAUAUGCAGUUCAAAGAGAUACCAAGAAAACUUAUUGUUGCAAAGCGACUGUCGCAAUGCCUUAAUCCAGCGUUGCCUACCGGAGUACACCAGCGUGCAUUAGACGUGUAUGCACAUGUAUUGGCCGUACUUGGAUCAGAAGGUCUGCAACGCGACCUGGCAUUAUGGUCAUCCGGUCUCUUCCCAUUCUUCGAAUACGCUGCGACAUCUGUGAAGCCAACUCUGCUGAACCUAUUCGAUACCCAUUAUCUUCCUCUUCAGGCUGGUCUUCGUCCCAUCAUGAAGUCAUUCAUUCUCGCAUUACUCCCAGGACUGGAAGAAGAGACUGGCGAAUUCUUCGAGAAGGUCCUAGGUUUGCUUGAUCGCCUAUCAGGGACUGUUGCCCCAUCCUUCUUCCUCCAGAACAUGUGGCUCAUCAUGCUAACGUCACCCUCGGCUCGUGGCACUUCUCUCAAUUUUCUGUCAAGACAGUUACCGCGCCUCCACGCUAAUGAAGACAUCACAGCGAUUGUUGGUCGAGAUAUUGGCCUGAUGAUUAGAGCAUUUGCUGCUGCGCUCGAGGAUGACGAUUUGCUCGUGCGAAGAUCCGCUCUGGACCUCCUGUUGCAGUCCCUUCGCAUUGACAGCAUUGCUAUCAAGAAGGCAUCCACAGAAGACCAAAACAUACUGAUGCGUGCGGCGACAAGCGUGGUCCUGCGACGUGAUUUGUCUCUGAAUCGGAGAAUUUACUCAUGGUUGCUUGGCCCAGACGAGCACAGUCAACAACAGGUUGCUUACCUCAAAACGCACGCCUUGGAUUUGUUGGCUUCGACAUUACGAGAUGAGAUGUUCCAUCCAUCAGCAGACUACUCACAGUCCCGGCCUUUCAAGAUCUUCAUUUCGUUGCUGGACAAAUGGGAAAUCGGCUCAGCUCUGACCGAAGUCCUUGUACUCGACGCCUUCAAGGCUAUCAGGAUUAUGAUUGAUUCUGAUGCCGAUAUCACAGAAGAGAUGACUAUGACUGCGAGUACUUUGUAUGAAGCGGUUGAACCGCACGCAUUAUGGAAGCAGUUGUUGAAGACAAUCAUGACUGAUGUUACAUCCAAUACUUCGUCAUGCGAUGGUAUUAAUAUGGUGUAUCAUAUCUUGUCAAGCUACCACAAACAUGAUGAGGAAAUCGAGACUAUUCAUCUACCGAUUGUAUUCACUGCUUUGUUGGAAGCUGUAGAUCAAUUAACUUUGGAGGAUUCUGCCAGAAUACCUUCUCCGGCAACACAUGCAACUUUGCGGUUGCUGUUGCAAAUGCUCAAGCUCAUUCCUGCCUCCGCAUUGAAACAACGUCCACAAAUAAGCCGCGAUGCUCAGGCGGAGUCCUUGAUUCAGGGGCCAUAUGCCUUUGCGUCCACUUUCUUCGGUCUUGACGCAGCACCGCUUGUUAGACAGUCUGAACUGACCUCACCACUCGCUUCAGCAUUUCUGGACGCGACUUCCCUGACCAUUACCGUAGCGAAAGGUCUUUCUGGGCCACCUAAAGAUAUGUCUGGAAAUCGGCAAUCGCUCAUCGACUCGUUGGGAUUAUUGAACGCCAUUGUUGAUCGCGUGCAACAAAUCCGAGGAACGUCAUUACCUAUUUCCUGGCAACCGGAAGAAUGGUUGUCUGCGAUUCUUGACUGUGUACAAUCCAAGACGGCAGCGUUUUCGGUCAUCGACUGUGGGAUCACCUCUAUCACUCAUUUGCAACAAAACGAAGGUUUGGAACCGACAUACUCUAUUGACAAUAGAAUAACCAUGGCUGCAAUGAUCAAUCCUCUAUUGAAGUAUCUUCGACCUCCAUACGCUGCAUUCCACGCGCGGGCGGUAUCGUUGAUUUGGCAACUUGAAAAGUCCACGAAAUCCUCUCACUUAGAGUCUCUCAUUGCGGAGUCUAUCUCUUUGCCGCGGAAAUCUGAGGAGGUCCAAGAAGCAUGCGAGGCUUUUGGUGUUCUGUGGAGAUUGACAGAUGAUUCGUUGAUGCCGGGAUUCCGACUUCGGGUACCAAUGAUGCUGGUUCUAGAUACUUUGAAGAGCGACAACCCGAACAUACGUCGGGUUGGUGAAACAUGGAUGAGAUGUAGCCUUAAGUCAUAUCCUAGAGUUCUAGAGCCUCUUCUUUCUGAACUACAUGAUCCUUCGGUACGGCGGUCAAAUAUGAUUGAAGAGUUCAACGGCCGGCAAAUUCAAGGAUUCUAUUAUGAACGACCUUUCGACCAACGAUAUAUCGCUCAUCUUCUAGAAACUUCGUUGUCCAUCGUCAAGUUUGGAGGGCAAGGAUUCAGCAAGACUGCUAGGGGUACCGCUCUUUCACGUUCUGGCAACGUUGAUUUGAUUGAAAGGCUGCAAAUAGCUGGCAAUUUUCCUGAUUCUUCAUAUAUGGACAUCAUGAUUCACUUGCUGCUUCGGUUUCUGCAGUCCGAGCCCAAACCAGGACUAUCUCUGACGUUACAUCCUCUCAACAUCGUUAUUCAGUCUACUUCUCUGGAUUUGCUUCAGGCACUCGUUGUACGUGGCGAAGUCGACGCGAUCACCUUGCAGACUAUCGAGUCCACCGUCGUCAGCAAACUCUAUUUCUCUGUUCAUACUCACAGGCUGGACCUGCAAAAUAAGCUCCUGCAUCUUUUGCACUCCAUUAUCACUGCUUUGAGUUCACUCGCUGCAGGCAGCAAACCCGACAAGACAUUGGCAGUCGAUCGCAGCCCGGAAAUAUCUCCCUCGUCUGCAGUAUCCGCGUACAAUAUCAACUCUUUGCUCGUGCAGACCUUGAUUGAUGGUCUUUCAGCAUCCUCCAAUCGUUCCGGCUUACAACACUGGUUGGACUUUGUUCUGUCAACUGUUCCGCAGUUUCAAAACGUCUUGCACAAUGCGAUUUUCCCACUAAAUGAUUGCGUCUGCAAGCUGCUUCGCUCUGCGUUGGCUGAUGUACUGCAAGCCUCAUCCGGAGGUGCCGUUGACGACAUUAUCUCUUCCACGACGGAUGCAGAUUUCUUGAUGCUCUUAAAUGCGCUUGAGCGCCUGGUACUUCUGAGUUCAUCCCACAUAUCUACUUCCACUCAGGAUGAAGAUGAUACCUCAUUGGCAGAGAAGCAUGAGUCAAGUGGGCUGUUGGGAUAUGUAUCAAACGUAUUUGGGUCCGAUGCUACAGUCGGCGCUGCUGACGACCAAGGCACGGUUAAAUCAUCUGAUUAUCGCACCCUUCACGACGCAGUUCGCGUGCUGUAUUCGAUAUGGACAACCCUUGUUGUUACCAAAGGCCAAUACUGGACGUCAGAAUCAGAGUCCCUGUCUUUGAUUUAUGGGCGAACUCGGACACGGUGCAGACGAGUCUUGGAGCACCUGUUCCGCGUGCAUUCUUCGGGAGUCCUCGAGUCUAUUGUGGUUUGUUGGAGUGAGAUCCCUUCGAUAUCCAAGCCGGAGGAUGAAGCUGCCACGUUUGAAUUGGUUGAUGUGUUGACUUCGAGUGCUCACAAUGUCGUGCACAUGUUGUGCGAGAGCAUUACAAUCCGCGUGCAGGCACCACAAGAAAGAACGAGACGGCAGCUUGCAAACUCUCAAUUGUCGGACUUGACUCUGUUUGACUUCCUAGAAGAAUAUUUCCGACGCCUUGAGGGACCCUUGGCAGCACAGGUCUGGGUCCGUUUCAUUCAGCUUGCUAAAGAUGUAUCCCUUUCUUUUCGAGAGUACAAGCCACAAGUGUUUUCUACCCUUCAGUGCUUUACAGUUCUUGCGGAUAAAGUCACACAGACGACCCUUGUCGAAGACAAACGUAUUCGUAAGGAGCUACAGGAGACUUACAUUAAACUCCUGGACAUUUGUUUGCUCCUUGGUCGUGCGUCCGAUACUAGCUGGAUUCGACGCAGCGCUCUUGUCAACGGGCGGGAUUCCCCCGUACCCAGAGAUGCCAAACUUGAGGAGAAGAUGAACGCAAGUACCACCUCUUUAUCAGAUACACUAAAGUCCGAGACGCUGGACCCCCUGGACCGGAUCAACGUCUACAUUGCCUCAGAUGUUAUACCAAACCUGCGCAAGUUCCUGGUUGACGGUGACAAAAUCUUGACAGCGUGUAGUAGCAUAACAUAUGGUAUCAUCACACCUGCAAUGAGAGGGCGGUCAAGACCUCUGGAUGUCGACGAUCAUGUACUUUCCAUCUUGCGAGAGAUGACAAGACUCGCAGUAGCGAUAAAGGCCUGGCGUGGCCCGGUCGUGGAUGUGCUGAACGACAACCGCUGCUUCAAUUCAACACCCCAGGCUGGUCGGAAAUGGCGACCCAUGGUCAAAAUGCUUUUUGAUACCGAUAAGACGGCUUUCACGGAACUUCUAGGGAGAAUCACCACCGCACCUUCUGCCAAUAUCUUCACCAAUCGGGAAUAUGAGAUGUUACUUCGAUCGCUCAAUCUGCGUAGACUAUCCUACGUAAUACUGACUGGCGAUAAGAACCAUUUCCUGACGCAACUACCAUCUAUUCAGGAGAAGCUAGUAGAUACACUUCGGAAUGUCUCCGCUCCCAUUGUUCAGAGUGAAGUGUAUCUCUGCGUUCGAGUGCUUCUCUGUCGCCUAUCUCCACAUAAUUUGUCAAGUUUCUGGCCAGUCGUCCUUACUGAAAUGUAUCGCCUCUUCGAACAAAUCCUGGUAACACUGCCAGCAGACGGGUCAGAGGAUCUUGCCCUCAUCCUCUCCGCCUCGAAAUUGCUUGAUUUGCUAUUGGUCCUCCAGACCGAAGAGUUCCAAAUACACCAAUGGAUAUUCAUCACAGACACCGUUGACGCUAUCUACCGCCCUGACGAUUGGUCACCGGCAGCCUUAUUGGAUCGAUUGGCUGAAGUUGUAGGAGACCUCCCAGCUGCAGAGGUACCUAAUUUUAGUUCUGCUUGGUCAAUGGCUGAAGUUCUUUUCGCACCAUCCAAGCAGGAUUCUAAGGCUGUCGAUCAAAUACCAGCUCCAACACCUCUUGUUGAAAAUCGACCGAGUCGACGGCCGAUGUUGCAAUCGGUCCGUCAGAUCGACAGCAUUCGUGAUCUCGUGCAUUUCUUCUCACAUGCAAGCAUUGCAUCUUACGAGAGUGUAUACCAGAGUGGAGGCAACGUGGAUUGGGAUGCCGUGGAGCAGACGUUGUUGGAGGACAUGUUCGACGGUCGAUGAUGAUCUUCGUCAUAAGAGUCUUAUUCUGGAUGCGGAACAUAUGGUAACCUUCUUCUUAUAUAAUCUUUGAUCUUUGCUUGUAGCUUCAUUGCUAGAGCGCAUACCACUUUGAGCUUUUGGACUGGAAAUAAUUAUUGAUAAGACGGAGCGGGCGGUACGCAUCGUGGGUAACCAAGGUAUAAGAGAUCCAAUGAGAGGUUUACAGACGAGACUGGU